AGCACAUCAGUUUCAGUUCAACUCUUGUCGCGUUUGGAUCGCAAAUUUUUUCGCGAGUGCUCGGUAUUAGACGCAGUACUACAAAUUAUUCACAUCCCAUACAAACCGUUGAUUGUUGGCUGUUGCAGUGUGUGAUUUUUCAAUUCACGCGGGUAUUUCUAUACAGUAUUCACUGCUAGUGUGCGGCAGAGUUUAGCGGAAGAGAGGCAAAAACAAGCAACAACCAUGAGUUCAUCACAAUACUUUCCAUUCCAAUGUACCCCCACCGUUUACCCAGCCGAUCCGUUCGACGCUGCCGAGGAUGCCGCGACACUCCGCAAAGCCAUGAAGGGAUUUGGAACCGAUGAAAAGGCAAUCAUUGAAGUCCUCGCCCGUCGUGGCAUUGUUCAGCGUCUGGAGAUUUCCCAGGCAUUCAAAACGGCAUACGGAAAAGAUCUGAUCAGUGAUUUGAAAUCUGAACUGGGUGGAAAAUUUGAAGAUGUCAUUUUGGCAUUGAUGACUCCAUUGCCACAGUUCUAUGCCAAGGAACUGCAUGAUGCCAUCUCCGGAAUCGGAACCGACGAGGAAGCCAUCAUCGAAAUUUUGUGUACGCUGUCCAACUACGGAAUCAAGACGAUCGCUGAGUUCUACGAACAGUUGUACGGAGUAUCACUGGAGUCGGAUCUAAAAGGUGACACCAGCGGAGCGUUCAAGCGUUUGUGCGUCUCACUGGUGCAGGGUAAUCGUGAUGAGAAUACUGGAGUCGAUGAAGGAUCAGCUGCAGCCGAUGCCCAGGCACUGUUCGAAGCCGGCGAGGGUCAGUGGGGUACUGAUGAGUCAAUCUUCAAUCAAAUUCUGGUCACCAGAUCUUACCAACAACUGCGUGGUGUGUUCGAAGCAUACGAAAGUAUUGCUGGGCAUUCGAUCGAUGAUGCCAUCAAGCGUGAAUUUAGUGGUGCUGUCGAGGAAGGCUUCAAGGCCAUCGUCCGUUGUGUCCGAUCGAAAGUACAGUACUUUGCCAAGCGCCUGCACAAUUCCAUGGCUGGACUCGGAACCAACGACAAAACGCUGAUUCGUAUCAUCGUUAGCCGUUCGGAAAUCGAUUUGGGCGACAUCAAGGAAGCGUUCCAGGAGAUGUACGGAAAGUCGCUAGAGUCGUGGAUUAAGGGUGAUACGUCGGGCGAUUACAAACGUGCUCUUUUGGCCAUUUCCGGAUACGUGUGAAAGCUAUAUACUGCAGAACAAGCACACGAAACCUAUGAUUUAUGGAUGUUACAAUGAUUUACGUUCUAACAUACACUCUACACGGAAUAUUUUCCUUUCUUUUGUUGCAUCACCCAGAAACCUCAUGUAAUGUGUCAAAAGAACACAUCGGUAACCGCGUAAAAUAAAACGAACAAACGCAAGUGGACAUGAAGUGUUAGUCGGUCAGUUUAAGCACGCAGUUUUAUUUUCUAUAUUCUAGGUUAAGCUGACGAAAUAAAUCGUAUAAUUUCUCAAAAUAUA